AUGUUCUUCAACUUAAGAGUCUCAACAAAGACAACAGUUUUCCAUCUCCUUUCCCAGUUAAGUGAUACAAUGGCUCCCCAUGGACAAGUCAAUCCUAACCAAACUGUAGUAACCACAAUAGCUUUUCUGUUUUGCAUCCUCAUAUCAAUUAACAUUGCAUGUGCUACAACCUACACAGUUGGAGAUAGUUCAGGAUGGAAUUUCAAUGUUAGGGAUUGGCCUACUGGGAAGACAUUCACUGCGGGCGACACACUUGUCUUCAAGUACAAUCCGUUAGUGCAUAAUGUGGUGAAGGUAGACAUCGAAGGCUACAAUAAUUGUGAAGUUCCCCAAGGUGCUAAGGUCUUCACUAGCGGAAAUGAUUCGAUUGCAGUGUCAGUGGGACAUAACUAUUUCAUCUGCGGUUUCCCAGGGCACUGUAAUAUGGGAUUGAAGAUUGACAUCAAUGGCGCCACAAAAGCUAAUUGAAGAUUAUUUUUUUUUUCUUUUAAUGGAUGAUUUAUGAACUUAAGUGGAGAUAAAUUAUCCGAAAAUAAAAACGUUUACUUUCAUGCUUA